AUGAAUGUUUCUCAGAGUAGUGCGGGUCUCGGCACCGUGCUGCCUCUUACUAGUUUCGAGAACGUGCUUUUAUUUCUCUUUAACAUAAUUCUCGCCACCGCCAUCAUUUUCUUCAACGUGUCCGUGUUUGUCUCCAUCGUGAUGAACAGAUCCCUGCGGAACGAGAAUCGCUUCAUGUACAUGCUCAGCACGUGUCUCAGUGACAUCUGCACGGGCGUCUCGUAUUAUUAUGCCGGAGUAAUGGAUGUACGGGAUUUUUAUGAAUCCCCGACUCGCACUUUCUACAUCGUUCCCACCUUUCUGGGUCUGUCCUAUAUGGCGAUUCUGGCCGCACAGGCGGACCGGUACCACGCGGUCGUUGCUCCUUUCAAAUACUCGCAGCGCAUGACGAGAAACAGAACCCUGCUGGUGAUUCUGGCCUACUGGGUUUAUGCUUUUCUGAUAGUGGCUGUUAAUAAUUUGGUUACUUUGGGGGUUGCUAAAAGAGUGACGAGCUUUGGUACUUUUGUGGCGAACAUUUUCACCAUCAUUAUUAUGAUUGGCUUGAACGUCAGGCUGUUCUUCAUCGCUAAAUUUCAGCUAGAACGCGAACCCCCGAGCGCGGAGCGCGACAACAAGCGCGCGUCUGUUUAUCUCAUCAUAAUAGUGGCCGUGUGUUUUCUGAUCGCAUGGCUGCCCAUUUUUCUUCAUAUUAUUGUAUGUAAUUUUGCGGGGUCUAUAUGCUAUGCGUUUAGAAAUGAGGGUUCAGAUCCUUUGCGCAUUCUACCACGGGUGAAUGCAGUUCUGACCCCUUUAUUGUAUAUCAGGGGCUGUUCAGCCCUAAGGAGCACACUACUAAGUAAAGUCUGGAGAACCGAAUGCUGCAAGAGGAAAGGUCUGGAUCCUGUCAGAAGCAUUACUUACGCCUUAACUCAAACCAGCUCUGGAGUUAACGGCACAGAAGGCCGCGUGUGGGAGGAGGCGAUCUCCUCAGCUUCUUCAGAAGAGACGGAAAGACGAACUCAAACCAACUUUGGAGUUAAUGACACAGAAUCCUACUUGUGUGAGGAGGUGAUCUUCCCAGCUUCUUCAUAA